AUGGCGAAGAAGAGGCUGCCGAUUUCCUCUUCGUCCCCAUCUUUACUGUUGGUGUUGCCGUCGUCUUCUUUGAGGAAUCGCUUCUGGUUUGGAAUGAAGGUGGUGAGCGUUAUCUCGGGGCUCAUCUGCCUAUUCACCUUCCUUAGGAUUCAAUCCCCGUUCCAGACGUCUUCCUUCUACACGGAGAAGGUCCUGUCGGGCGAUGAGGAGGUGGAGAAGAUGGCCUCCUCCAUGCCACCAUUCGAGGGGGUCCCAAAGGUCGCCUUCCUCUUCCUAGCCCGUACUGGCCUCCCCCUCGAUUUUCUAUGGCACGUCUUCUUCCAGGCACGUCCUCUCGGUUUUUCCAUCAUAGUUUGAAUUCCUUCCUCUUUUUUCCUUCUCUUGGUGCUUUUGUUCGAGUUAAGGAUGCGCCUUUUCCUUGCUACUGUGGUGUUUUAGGGGUUCUACAGAAUGGGGAUGCAGAAAAGUUCUCCAUAUAUGUCCACUCAAAGCCCGGGUUCAUCUUUGAUGCGUCCACAACGAGGUCCUCAUACUUCUACGGCCGGCAGCUGAGGGAGAGCGUCAGGGUCUGUCUAUUCUUAAUGCUUUUCUAUAUUUCCCGUCACUGGCUUCGUGAAUCUAUUGAGAACUAGAGGGGAUGGUAAUGAUUUUUUCUCAAGAGUUUUGUGACAACACUAUGGCUGAUGUGGCUUGUUUUCCUGAAGGUGAUAUGGGGUGAGGCGAGCAUGGUCGAGGCUGAGCGUCUGCUGCUCCAGGCUGCCCUCGAGGAUCCGGCAAACCAGCGUUUUGUUCUGCUCUCUGAACGGUGGGUUCUUGCAGUGGUCCUAGCUAUAUUUUCUUUGUUUCUUCCUAGUUUUUGUCAACAUUCUUACUGUUCUUGUUGCCGAGUGCCCUAUGAUCUGAUUGGAUUUUUAGCCAAUCAUUUUAUGAUCAAACAUGGAGGUAAUGUAUUUUUGCUAUAGAUUUCCGUUGAAGCGAAAACUUAGGUUUCUUUUGUUGUUGAGCAGUUCCUUGGCAAAUGCUAGGGAUAUUAAUUUUAUUUUGCAUGGUUAUUAUGUGCUGCCUCUUGUACCUAAGCAGGAAGGUGUUGUGCCUAGGCGAAGCCUAAUUUUUGUGAAGAUGUUAUUGAAGAUUAUGUUAUUCUGUAUAUGCAUUGUAUCAUUUACCUCCAAAAAAAAAUAUUUUCGCAAUAUUUACAAAUGUUUUGACAUGCAUUUAACUUGAAAGUAAACGCGUUUCCAUCUGUGGGGUACUCGCAAACAUGCUGUCAUUAUCACUUAUAAUAACUGAGUUGGAAAGAUAUAUUAGGUGAUCUUUUUCAUUGGGCAAAACAUUUUUAUUUUUUCGUGAAAUUGCCACUACUCAAAAACCUCGUAUUCCUGAUCCGGACUUUUUUUGUUGAGAAGCUACUUGAUGUUAAUUGAGCCUUUAAAGCCAAUCAUAGUGCUCAGAGAUAAACUGAAGCAUAUCUUCCUUCAGUACUUUCUACUUCCGAUCAUCUAUUACUUUUGUUGAUAGCGUUUCUUUUCUGUAUACUUUUUCCUGAUCAAGAAUAUAAUUAAAGAUUAUGUAAUGUAGUCGAAGUAAUGCAGCUACAAGGGCUAUCGAGAACUAAAGUGGCCAAAGCAAGAUCAUUUUGGUCCAAUUGCUUGCCUACCCUCCUACAUGCCUGGAUACCUUUGCUAAAAUGUCACGAAAAUAAUGGUAUUUUUCCAUCAUGAUUGAAGACUUGCGGUAUUUUCUGUUAAAAGGAAGAGACUCCAGUGAUGAGGCAUGGGAACUGGCGUGUGUUCCCAUGCCUCAUCACUGGAGUUCGAGCUUUGAAUUAACAAUAUCGGUUUAAUUUUUCUUGUUGAUUUGUUUUAUGUGUUACAAAAUCCUGACGUUAAUGGUAAGCAUUAUGUUCUAUUUUAUGCUUCAAUAUCUGAUGUGCACAAUCAACUCUUUGACCAUUCUUACUGGACACGUAAUGUACUCUCCUAUAGCUUUUAUCAUCGAGUUAAGAAGGAAUACUUGAUAUGUUACCCUGGUCGCCCUCUCCAUUUUCUAGGUUACUCAUUUGAGUUCUUUUGCUAUUGACUUCAUUUCCCUUCGACUCUUACUUUGAUUUUCCUUUGUUUAAAUGUAAAUUAUGAACUUUGUGCUCUGUGUCUUUUUGUACCCAUUGAUUAUUAAAGGAACUGUUUCUAUGCAUUUCUACUGUUUCAUGCAGUUGCGUUCCUCUUUACAACUUCAGCUACACAUAUAAUUACCUGAUGUCCUCUUCCAAAAGCUUUGUUGACAGGUAUGAUGAAAUGCAAAUUCUGUAUCUUCUCAGAAAUGGAAAAUCGGCAUAUUUUCAGAGUUUUUACUAUCUGAGUGAUAAUUGUGUUGUCUAACAUCUCGUUUGUUUUGUUUCUGCGGUAUAUUUAUUUAGAUACUCAAUCCUGACUAAAUUUGUUUCUCUUUCAUGUCGUAAAAAUUUCUGUGUACCAGUUUUGUCAUUACGAAGCAUUCCCGAUACAAUCCAGAUAUGUUUCCUACAAUCCCGAGGGACAAAUGGAGGAAAGGAUCUCAGGUCUUCAUUUUUUUGUUUUUAUGAAUUAUCAGAGCAUACAAUGAUCGAAUGGACUUCUUUUGGUUACUUGUCAUAUUCACUCAUUUUUCAAGUUAUCAUUUAUGUGCUUUUUAAAUUUCAGUGGGCUACUUUAAUCAGGAAGCAUGCAGCGGUUGUCGCCACAGAUAACGUCGUUUUCCCAGUUUUCAAGAAGCACUGCAAGGUAUAUGCUUCAGAAUUCUUUUUCCUUAUUUUUUAAUAUAAUUUUUUUCACUUGUUAUCAGAAAUGUUUAUCAACUUGCCCAAAAUUAUCCAACGCUCAGGCAUUGUCCCGUCUACUCUUCGUGACUGCAAUACUGGGCGUUGCAUAGUUUCUACUAAAUUGAAGUGGAUUUAUUUUAUUUUUUGAUGGAUUUAUUUUAAUUUCUGUUCUCUCAAGUAUUCCAUGUUCCUUGGGGUUUUUUUCAAUAUUACAAAAUGGUUUUACGCACAUUUGCCAUCUCUUUCCUUAAUGAUAGCCGUGCAUAAUUAAUGAACACGAAAGAAUUCCCAAUGGUAUUCUUUAUGAUAUGGCGGAUUAACUCUGCAUGUACACAGUAUUCAUUGUGUUUCUCAUGUCUUUACUUGAAUGUUGUUGCAAUGCUUAGUUUUUUUUUGUUUUUAUUCAAACUGCAGAUGCACCUGGAAGGUAAUGGAGGUAGCCCAAAAAAUGUAAGUGGCUUUUUUAUGUUUCUCUAACUCACAUUUUGUUGUUCUUAUAUCAUAGAAGUUGUGCCAUUUUUUAAAUAUGUCAUUGUCAUGGAGAAGGGACAAAAGAUUAAGAUAAACUAUGACUCCUUUGGUCUCAGAACAUAAGAACAAUCACCCACCUCAUUACAAACAUUCUCGUUUCCUCUUUAACGUUUGGAGAAAUAAAUAGAAUAUCUGUUAAACAAUACUCAUUACACGUAAAUAUGUGUGUUUCUCCCACUCAAAAUGGAUUUAUCAUACCCAUCUGACUUAUAAGUCUCAUAUUCCAUUUCCACCCACCAUAUCUUCUCUGUAAUUUGUGGAAAACUACUACUAGUACAUGGCACAAUGGACAGCUCCCUUCUGAUUUAAGAUGAGAAGGAACAAACAAGAAAUAAGUAUGCAUAUCCACAAAGUUUUGCAAGAGGCAUAAUUGAUAUCCAAAUGGAACUUUUCCCUUGUAUCUCUCGUUCCUUAUUUCCCCCUCCUUGUUCCCACCUUUGUCUUCUUCAAUGGCCAUGCAACAAGAUGUCUUCCAUUUAUGUAGUUCUUUUAUUUAGCAAAACCACUUGUUGAGUUUUGAAAGAUUGAAGUCAUUGAUAAUUCUAUCAUGACCGCACUUCUCUUUAUUACUCAUACUAUCAUCUAAUUAAUAUCAUUCCAUCAUCUAGACCUAUCGUCUUGUUAUUUUAAAGGACAAUCCCGUAUUCAUUGCUAUAAAAGUAAACUUAUUAUUAUAAAAAUGAGUCUAUUCUAAUGUCAAGUAGUUUGACUUGGGUGGCUUAAUAAUUCUAACAUAGUAUUGGAGCUGGUGAUUGCUCUUCACAUACCCCCUUUUAUGUUGAUCAUGUCACAGUUCCAAAUUCAAUUGACAUGGGAGGACAUUAAGGAAAUGGUCUUACCAAAGAUUAUGAAAGUGAAAUUGAUAUUUGGGGAACAAAGUUAGGAUGAAUAAUGGAUCAUCAGGCUGGAAAGGACCGCCUUAUAAGCACUAGUAGUCCUUGUCCGAGAUCAGUCUGAAUUUCCAUCUUUUGUAUCGGCCCUUGAACUUGCUCUUUGAUUCCAAUGAAUUCUUACAAAGAUCAAUACCCGGGGUGAGCGAUAACUGUAGAUACGAAAGGGGCAACCUUCUCACCUUGCAUCAAAGAAUCAAGGUAACCUUCCUAACAUCCUGUCAUCCAUGUUCAUGCGCACUAUUAAUCACUUCCAGUUAUUGAAGGCCGAUAACUUCAAGUACUCUAACAUCAUUCUAGUAGUUUACGAGCUGAUUCUGUUUGAAAAAGAUAAGUGUGAUUAGAAGUGAGAGUGUUACUCAAGGCCAAUGACUUGGAGUUGCUCCUGUUGCAUUUGGAAUCUCCUAAUUCGCUCGUCCUUUUGCCCUUCCUCACUUCCUACCCGGUACUUAUGUACCAAGGAUAAGUAAAAGAGAACAGAGCGGGUGUCACUUGACAAGACCGCACCUGGUAUUAGGAAGUAGACUCACCUUUGACCCAAAUAGAGAAUGUAGAAGAGGUAGGCCAUGACUCCAUCCAACCAAUCUAUUUGUCAUAAAGGUCAGUCUUCUGAAAUACGUCAAAAGUUAAAUCUCAUGAAUUCUAGAGGUCCUGGACAAAAGUUAAUCUCUUGUAAUGGUUGUGUUUCAAACUAGACUGGUUUACUGCACAGUUUUCAGUCUUUCAAUUCUGAUCCAGAUCGGAAUCAGUAGUGGUUUAUGCAGUUUCGUUGAGGAACAUCGUCUCCCCAAGAGCAAUAAGAGGAGUAGAUUUCGUCCAAUCUUAUGUGUAACGAAUAAGUGGGUAGAACAUUUUCAAGUUUAUCUAGUGCAGUUGCUCAAGUAAUCACUGCCGCCGCCCUGUUGCUGCCGCUAUUUUUCACCCUUGCUGUAAUUUUUUUUGGUUCCUCCCUUUUCCCCUACUUUUUUCCUCUUCCUCUGUUCUCUCCUGCCUCCACAUCCACUGCUUCACCUAUGCAGUUAUAGAAGAAAAGAACUGAGAGGAGAAGAAAAAACAUUUUCCAUUGCCACCUCAUCUGGCUGCAUCUCGACUUCCCCUUUGUCCUUCUUGACUGCCACAGCCCCCCGCUCUCCCCCAACUAUUGUUGCCCAUGCAUUUUUCUGUUUUGCCUCAGUUCCUUUUUUUUCAUCUUCCAUUAUGAAACAUAGAACUUUUGAAAGAGAUGGGUUAGCAGUAGAUGCCAUUAGCCAGAACACUGAUGAAUGUAGUUCUCAUUCUUCUUCGUGACGUUGUGAUUUUUGUUAAACCAUGAUAAAAAAUAGCCUUUCAGCAUUUACAUGUACCAUUUUAUCGAAGUUUCUGAAGAAAACCAAUCAUUAAGCUUUAUUUUCUGAUAUGCAAAGGACACCCAAAAAGAAGUAUUGGUUUAUGCCAAAGACUGAUGCUGUUCCCCUCUUUGACUGUGUACCCCUUUGUGGGACGCCUUUAUUCACCAAUGCUUUAAAAACUAAGUUGUACUAGACGGUUGAACUAGGAAAACCAUAAUUGCUGGCCUUCCCAAUCAAUGUUUCUAUCCAAUUUUCAUCAUAAGCUUUAGUGGCAAGGCCAACGAAAUCGAAGAUCAAAGAGCGUAACUUUUUCCCCUCUUUUAAAUGGUUUCAAAGCAUAUGUGGGCAUAUAUAUGUUGCAGCUAUGUGUACAGAGAUGGUUAAGACUGUGCUAUAUGGUUUGUGUUCAGAGGUGGUUGUUUGAUCAUCCGCACUGGACCUUUGACUUACCAUGAAUCGAUACUGGAAAUUUCAUUACCACAUGGUGGUAAUGAUAAUUUUUAUGGUGGAAUAUCAUCCUUCUCUGAGUUGAAGUGGGAAAAUGAUUUUAUCAACUAUAGCUCCAUUUUUUCUUUUUCUUUCACAGUUUUGUUGACUGAAGAGAAGAUUCAUAUAUCCAAUUGCUUCAUUUGGGAAUAACAUAGACACUCUUGACUUCUUUUGCGAUUCAUAAUUGCCCAUUGAUUUAAUCAUUAAUUAUUUCCUGCAGCAAGUGGUCUCCAAGAGUAAACACAAUUGUAUCCCUGAUGAGCACUACAUACAGACACUUUUCUCAGUAAGGAGCUUGUUGUUAUUUGCCUUUCUGCUACUUAAUUGUAGGAUUAUUUUAAUGUUUUAUCCAAAGUUGAAGCCGUCUUGCACGUAUUCUCUUUAGUAUUUGUUUCAUUGUCUCACAAUUACAGGCAGUUUAAUUGUAUUAAGGAUUUCAUAAUUAGAUCAGUUUCAACAUGUAGUACACGGGAAAAGGGAUACUCUCAUUUACAAUUUCUUUCUUUCACUGGAUGAAAAAUAGGAGUUAUUAACAAUCUUUUUUUAACACAGUCAAAUUCAACAUAUUUGUUCACUUCACUGAUCAAUUUUCCAUUUUCUGGUGUCUAACAGAUGAGUGGACUUGUAGAUGAAACUGAAAGGAGGUCAUUAACAUAUACAUUCUGGAAUCACUCGCCAUCAAGAAAAGAAAAGCAAGAUUGGCAUCCAAUCACUUUUGAAUAUGCUGAUGCAGAUCCUCUUCACAUUGAAAAAAUAAAGGUGAAAUCGAAGUUCUAUAUGCCUCUCGUGUUUUUUCCUUUCUGUCUUUAAUUAUAUGCCAGGCGAUAUAUUUAAUAUUUUUCUGUAUCUUGUAAUGUUUUGUAAGUUUUAUGCUUUGAGGCAUAGAUUAAAAUAUUGCUUAGACAGUUAAUGCAAAAUGCCAAUACUCGCAGGAUUUUUUAUCUCAUUUAGUUGAUUUUUUUUUCCUCUAUCCUUCUUGGAAUUAUUGAAAUAUUAUACAUGUGACACAAACUUGAUGCAUAUGCAUAUCUUUCAAGUUGAAAUGAUCGACAUUAAUCAAGACAUAAUGUGACGUGGUAAGACUGCCACGACGAAUUAUGCCAUUAUUCGUGUCUGUCAGUUUUUAUCAAUUCUGCUGUAUGAAGGAUUUUUGUAAUUAUCAAUAAAAGAGAACAUCACUUAAAAGGUAAAACCUCCAAUAUGAACUCUCUCUCUCUCUCUCUCUCUCUCUCUCUCUCUCUCUCUCUCUCUCCCUCUCUCUCUCUCCCUCUGCAUAUACAAAAGUAUACACGUAUACACACACGUGUGUAUGUAUAUAUACAUACACACGUAUGUUUCCUUCGUCAUGCCAGCUUGGUAGAACAUGGUUUAUCAUCGAACGAAUGCCAACAUGCAGAAAAUUCUGGAUAAUUUUGCUGAGUCCAACUUGAGUGGAACAUGGAACAUGGUAUUUUUUUCAUUGAUAAUAUAUGCAAUCGGAUUCAUCCAAGUUGAGUUUUUCUGUUGAUUGUGCUCCCUGGGAGCUCUAUUCCAGGUUCUCUAAUUUUUUUCUUUUUCCAAAUCAUCUGCGAGAAUAUUGUAACGGAAGAUGCCAUGGAAAAUCCUGCAGGGCAUCGAUCAUUUGUACUUUGAGACAGAAUAUCGGACAGAAGAAUGCCUCUGCAAUGCUGCCCACGUGCCGUGCUACCUGUUCGCAAGAAAAUUCAGCGAGGGUGCUGCAUUGCGCCUUCUGACUGAUGGAGCUGUCGGCCCAUUCAAUCCCGCCUUAUUCUUUCCAACAUCACAACAGUGA